AUGGGUGAUCCUGGACCGGAAGGAUCUGAUGGUCCCCCAGGCUGGCCAGGAGCGGCUGGAGUUCCAGCACAAAGAGGUCGAGGUAGAAUGGGUCCAAUGGGUCCUGAAGGAGUUCCCGGUUUUCGAGGACAUCGAGGUCCAAUGGGACAGCGAGGUAUAGUGGGCCUGAAUGGUCUAAUCGGUGAACGAGGCCGACAAGGACGACGUGGACCUCAUGGCCCACCUGGAAGCCGAGGGCCACCGGGCCCAGAAGGUCGAGCAGGGCGCGAUGGUUGGUACUGUCUUUGCCCGCAACACAAUCCUAGGAAAAAUCGACGGUAUCGACUACAUCACGUAUCACUGUCGAAACGGAUACGAUCCACUGAAUAUAGGAAUGCCAAGAAAUUAUCAAAAAUUGUUAGACGAUGA